AUGGCAAACAGGUUUGCAUCAUAUUUCAAGUUUGUAGUAGGAAGCAUAAUGACGGCUGUGAACUCAGUCUCCAGGCUAUGGAUAGUCUAUCUCACGAUGUCUGUAUGCUAUACGACACCGGUGCGCUUCACGGUGUUCAACGUGGACGGAACGACAGUACCUAGCGUGGAUGACGGGGAAACUGGCACCACACCACUUGCUCCGGAUUAUCGUACGACAACUGGUGUUCCACGGAUGUUGGGCACGACACCUCCUCUGGGACAAGACACAGUCAUUGCGCGAACAACACCGGCAAGUCGGCCAAGGCAGACUCAACCAUCACAACAAUUGCCUCAACCGCCCCCACCACCGCAAGCGGCAACGGUGCAACAGCAACCACUUCCUGUUGCUCAACAGCCAAUCACAACUGUGGCGGUCCUGUCUCCGGUGGACCAGAAUGAUGUGCCACAGGCAGGUCUGCUGCCUCAAUCCCCGUCAGUGUCGAGCGUUCGACCGCAGCUGGACAUUCCACCGCAACAGAACGUCCCGCUGCAACAGGACAUCCCGCCCCAACCGGACUACGCACCGCAGCUAACUACACGGCCAAAAAUGGUUACCGAGACAGCGAUUUCGCAGACCCUUCAACAACCCGGGGAUCUCGGUCCACUGCCACCACCUCAAACUCUGCCCCCACAAAGUGGUGCAACUAACCCCCCUAGUACGAACCCACCACAGCAAGUUGUUGAAGCCGAACCGGCAGUACCAAUCGAGGAGGAUUUGCCAAUCACCACUCGACCACCGAGCGAUUUGGAGUUGUUGUCUGAAACGAGUGAAGUGCAAGAUUCACCACCGUUCACCGAACCUUUCUAA